UCAACUCCCUGGAAUUUUCAACCUGAGCUCAGUGAUCCAUCCGUUGACUUUCAUUGCACACAUAUUUGAGUAUUUCAAUGUACCUUAAAUUUGUUGUUUGAAUUCCAAUUGAAGCCAUGACGGACAACAAGGACUACAAUCCCUAUGACAAUCGUGUUGUGGAAGUCCCGAUCACGAAUACGGGGGCCUUUGUGUCGCUGCUGAAGUGCGUCAUAGGAACAGGUAUCCUGGCCCUGCCCCUGGCCUUUGCCUACACGGGAUGGAUGUGCGGCUCCAUUCUGCUGAUCCUUACAACGAUAAUGCUGAUCCAUGGCAUCACACUGCUUAUAAUGUGCAUGGUGGAGUCGGCGCGACGGCAGCAGCAGGGCUACUGCAACUUCUCCGACACAAUGGUGUUCGCCUUCAACGAGGGACCCAAGUGGUGCAAGUACAUCGCCAAGGCGGCUGGCUUUCUGGUGGACGGUGUGCUCAGCCUCUCCCACUAUGGCGUCUGCGUCGUCUAUCUCGUGUUUGUGGCCGUCAACCUGAAGCAACUGGUGGAUCACUAUGCCAAGGACAUGGACUUGCGCAUUUACAUAGCAAUCGUGGGAGUGUGCUUGAUCCCCCUCUUUCUGAUUCGGCACUUGAAGUAUUUGGUGCCGUUCAAUAUGGUGGCCAAUAUCGUUAUUUAUCUGGGCUUCAUGUUAAUCUUCUACUACCUGUUCCAGAACUUGCCACCCAUUUCGGAACGCAAGAUGUUCAACGAGCCCUCCAAGUAUCCCCUCUUCUUCGGCAUUGUCCUCUUCUCCGUGAGCUCUGUGGGUGUGAUGCUGGCAAUUGAGUCGAAGAUGGCCCAUCCGGAGCAGUACAUUGGCUGGUUCGGCGUCCUCAAUCUGUCCGCGGUUGUGGUUGUAAUCUCCUACCUGUUCUUUUCCAUCUUUGGCUACUGGAAAUAUGGCCAGCACGUAUUCGGCAGUAUAACUCUCAAUCUACCCACCGACGAAGUAGUAUCGCAGCUCUCCAAGGCGUUCAUCAGCCUGGCCCUGUUCCUGUCGUAUCCCCUGUCCGGCUAUGUGACCAUCGACAUCGUCGUCAACCACUACCUGAAUCGCGGAGAUCGUCUGAAGAAUCCGCACUUUGUCGAGUACAUUGUCCGGGUGUUCUUCGUCAUACUGAGCACCAUCAAUGCGGUGGCCUUCCCCAAUCUGGGCCCCCUGCUGGCCUUCGUCGGCGCCCUCACCAUAUCGCUGCUCAAUCUGGUAUUUCCCGCCUGCAUUGAGCUGUGCCUCAACUACCAUGCCCCGUACACCUACGGCAAGCUGAGAUGGAAGCUCGUCAAGAAUAUCCUGCUGAUCGUCAUUGGCCUGGUGAUACUCGUCUACUGCUGCACCCUGUCCGUUCAGGACAUGAUCAAGGAGUACGGUGGCUGCAGCGAUAAGGAGUCCUGCUCGAAAAAGAUGCCAGUUGGAGUCUUAACGGAGAAUUAAAGUAGAUGAUCUGAGUAGCAUUCUUUCUGUGAGAAUUGUAAUGGG